GUAUGAAUUUUCGACAAAGUAGCAUUAAUUGUUUCAUACCUCAUCCUAACUUACUCAUAAAAAAUGCACAGGUUCUUUAGCGGAAGCAUUGCUAGCAAUAAUUUUAGCAACAUUUGGGAUGAUGAUGGUGAUCUUGCUUGUUAAGUAUGUAACAAGAAACGCCAGGGCUGGACGAAAGCUUCUUCGUUUGAAGCCAAAGGAGCUUGCUUCUAAUUGUUCAGGUCUAUAUAGUUUCUCAAAAGCUGAGAUUGAAAACGCGAUCAAUUUUGCAGAGGAGAAGAAAUUUCUGGGACGUGGUAGUGCAGGGCAAGUGUUCAAAGGGAUUCUUCCGAGUGGACAAGUAGUUGCUAUCAAGCAAAUUUAUAGAAGUAAUACGUCCGAUUCUUUCACCAGAGAACUAGAGAAUCUUUCAAGAGUCAGACAUCCUAAUCUUGUUUGCCUCUUUGGGUGUUGCAUUGAGGAUGGUGAGCAAUAUUUAGUCUAUGAGUAUUGCUCUGCUGGAAAUCUAGCUCAACAUCUUUUGAGGAAAGACAGGGUCCUAAGUUGGGAACAAAGGGUAAGAAUCUUAAGAGAUUGUGCACUUGCAUUGAGGUAUCUCCAUACCUACAUAGAUGGCUACAUUGUUCACAGAGAUAUUAAGCUUACAAAUAUCCUUUUAACAGAGGAAUUGGGAGCAAAGCUAUCAGAUUUUGGGCUGGCAAAGAUGUUGGGAAUGGAAGAGAGCAAAGUGUUUACAGAUGUAAGAGGGACAAUAGGUUAUAUGGAUCCUGAAUAUAUGAGUAAUGCAAAGUUGACUUGUGCAAGUGACGUUUAUAGCUUUGGCAUAGUAGCUUUACAAGUUCUUUCUGGCCAGAAAGUCAUUGAACUUGAUUUGGAUGCCAGAGACCAACUAACAAGAAAGGCGAAGGAUGUGAGCAUGCAUAAACGGCCCCUAAAAGACUUUGAGGACCCGCGGCUAAAAGAUGAAAUAAACAGUGAGGAUUUCGAGUCCAUACUUCAAAUAGCAGUGCUUUGUGUCGCCAAAUCAAGCAAAGGUCGUCCAACUAUCGAUGUUGUCUUCGAGGAGAUGGACAAAGUCUUGAAAAACACAUUGUCCAACAAGAAAGCCGCGGAUCAAAGUGCAUUAGCUGCAGUGAGGAAAUCCCAUUCAGUUGGUGUCCUCCCUGUCUGAAACAUAGCACCAAAGUGUCUCUGUUUGUAACAUGUUUUUGAAGGGUUCGUUAUUAUGUUGGGAGCAACUUUUUUAUAGUUAUAAUCUUUUAAGAUCGAUGUACAGCUAGCAAAGGUGUUUCCAUGGAGAUCCUGUAGGUGAAACCACCUUUUGGUUCUUGAGAACAUUUGUGAUUUGUUGUAUUAUGUGGGUGUAAAUUGAUGAUAAGAAUGAUCCCUUGUUGUUUGUCUGUUGUACAAAAGAACACUCUUUAUUCUUCUUCUUUUUUCUAGUCUUAAUUUGGCCUAUGAGGUUUGCAAACUUGACCGCUUCAACUAAUGCUUUAAACAAAGUACUUGGAUAUGGUGUUUUACGCUAAAUCAGGCAACUUAAACUUUAAAAUCACAAAUUAAGACUCUAUAACAGCUUUAAGUCCUCUCCCACUUAAAGCUAAAUAAGGAGAGAAAUGCCCCAAAUCAGUACAUUCCAUUCUUAGCAAAGGCUCCUUCCAGAUAAUCUCUCGAAGCACCACACUUGAAUACAUAUCACGUCUUUCAUUCAGUUAUUUGUCACCCGGUGAGCAAAUUUUUCUUCGAUUGUAUUAAGGUGAAUAAAUCCUUUUUGGUCAGUUUCAGUGGUCAAAUACAUAGACAAUCCUUUAAAGCUGCCACAUAUUUUCAUUUAAACAUAUCAACUGAAGCUUUUACCUAUUAGAUAACUAACUUAUUUAAAAAUUAUCAGUGAUCUGCUUCAGCUUGUUAAAGCUGUCAACAAUAUCCCAGGGCCUAGUAUUGCCAGAUAUUCUGCACAAUUCAAGAACAUAGGCCAUGAUACAUUUCCAUACUAACUAUCCACCUUACUACUCACAUCCAUAGUUACAUAAUCCAUUUUCUGAUGGUUAGAAUCUGGUAGACCUCGAUGUAUUAGCGCCUCAAAUUU